AUGAAAAGAUCAUGGGAUCAAACAAAGUCGUUGGAGCGCUAUUUCAAGAAGGAACCUCUCAGUGGAGAAGAAUAUGAAGAGAUAUCAAGCUGUGAAACUGCUAACAAAAUGUGGGAUAAAUUAGAGGUCACAUAUGAAGGAACCAACAAAGUGAAAGAAACAAGGAUGAAUCUUCUAGUUCGAGACUAUGAAUCAUUUCAAAUAAAGGAUGGAGAAUCAGUAGAGGAAAUGUUCUCCAGGUUCAGCAAAAUCCUUGGAGAUUUAAAGUCAUUUGGUAGACCAAUAAAAAGUGGCAAACAGGCAGAUUCAACAAGAAAAGAAGAAGACAGUUGCAUUCAAAGCAAUGUGGCUAAACCAGAAAAUGAAAAGGAAGAGGAAGGAGGAGAACAAAAUGAAAACAUAGCUAUGCUCUCUCAAGUUGUAACAAGCAUGAUGAGGAAAAAUAGAAAUAGCAGGAGAGGUAAACCAAACUUUAGAAAUGGAAGGACAAAUAAUGAUAACAAUAAAAAUAGUGGAAGAUACUAUGAAUGUGGAAAACAUGGACACAUUCAAGUUGAAUGCCCUGAACCGAAGAAGAAACUCGGCGGGAACUUUCAAAAGAAGAAGUCCGUUGGAGCUUGGAGUGAUGAAGAAGAAUAUGACCAUGAAGAAAUUGCAAAUAUGUGCUUCAUGUCCAUAAAAGAAGACAACAAUAAUGACUCAGGUGAACUUGGACUCAUGGCAGACGUAGGAACAUGUGAGGAAGAGAACUCAUGCGAACUUGGUCUUAUGGAAGACGAAGGAACUAGUGAGGUACGUCUUCCUACAUGUCCUAAUUAUUAUGAACUCCAAGAAUUUGUUGAUAUUGCUCUUGUAGAUAUUGAGAGAGUUCUAACUGAACUCAAAAAAAUCAAAAGAGAAAAGAAAGACUGGGCUUUGAAGUUGGAAGUCUGUGAAACUGAGCAAGAUAUGCUUCAAGAUGAAGUUAAUGAACUUCAACUUCAACUGAAUGGAUUACGAAAAUCCACCAGUCAUAGUUCUGUUAAAUCAAAUCAGAUUGCUACUCAUACAUCUUUGAUUAGAACUAGAAAUCCUACUGCAUGCUCUUAUUGUGGCAAAAUUGGUUCAAGAACAACUGAAGAUGGGUUUAGUGACCUAAAUCUUCUAGUCAAGCUAAUACUCAGAGCUCUAACCAUUCAGGACCCAAACAGGCUUGGGUACCUAAAAACAAUCAUCAAACUAGAUGGAGGAAUAGUUGCCUUCGGAGAUAAAUCAAAAGGAAAUGUAAUUGGAGUUGAAAAGGUUCAUCUCAGCUCAACAUGUGACGUAGACGAAGUAUACCUGGUUGAUGAACUUGGUUACAAUCUUCUCGGUUUCAGUCAACUAUGUGGCAAUGACUAUGAGGUUCAUUUUAAGAAACAUGGUUGGUUUAUUGAAGACGAAUAA